ACCAAAACAACCGGCGCCUGCACGUGUUUAAAAAUGAGCAAUAAGAGUAGGGUCGUGCAUAAAAAGCAGCUUGCCAUUAAGAAGAUAAAAGAAGAGAAAGAAAAACAAUUCUUCCUAACUGAUGAAAAUGGAAACAUCAUACCCGGAACAUACAGAACACCGGUCGGAGAAGUUAAAAUUAAAAAAAUUAAAGCAUCAGGAAAUUACGACAUCCUGUCACUUGCGCGUUCAAUGAACGACAAUUUUGCAUCGAGAACCAAAGAGUUAUUUAUCCCAGAGGUGGAUGCUGUUAAAGAAGCUAUCAAAACAGGUAUAUAUGUUGCAUGGAGACCAAUAGAUAAACCUUGGAACCAACAAGAUUGUCAACGUGUAUGUUCCACUUCUCGUUGUUUUUGUGGACACUCUUUAAAUCAACAUGAAGCGUUUUCUGUGAAUAAAGCAUUCCCAAAGUGUAAUCAGACUGGGUGCUCAUGCAAAGGGUUUAAGUUUGUUCCCAGUAGACCAGAAGAAGUUGGUGAAUUUUGGUUAACUAGACGCAAUGAUUUUGAUGGUAAUUCGUAUCGCGUUAAAUGCAAGUGUAAGCAUACUCAUGAAGAACAUGUGGCUGAUCUCGUUCCUUAUCGAUGUAAAGUUAAAAGAUGCAACUGUUCGGGAUUUUCAUCAGCUUUCCUUUGCGCUGGAUGUGACAAGCACUGGCAUGAGCAUCAAACAGUUUUUGAAACUGAAAUGGAACGUAAAGCUGAAGGACGUCCAGUUGGUGAAGGAUGGAUUCCGUUUGCUGAAUUACCAGAAUUAGCUAAAAUUGCACUGACUGGUGUAGAUAAUCCAGCUAUUCAAACAUUAACUGAUGCUUUGUCAGCAAGUGCUCGUCAAAGUCUUCUAGAAAAACAAACUUUACCUGCUAUCUCUGGAUCAAAAGAUUAAAAAAAAUGGCAGCAUUAAUAAUAAUGGCAAUAAUUUUAAAGUAAAUGUUCUUUGAAUAAAUGUUUCAAUUUAUUUGUUGUUGACAGAAAUCUAUAUUUCUAUACUACUUACUAUUUUGAUUUUCAGUAGUAUUUGCAAAUGAAUAUUUAUACACAUAUAUUUCAUUUAUUAUGUGGUUUUAAUACCCAUUACUUUUCUUUUCUUUUCACUGUGUUGUUCUCAUUAUUCUUUCCUUAAAAUCAUUUGAAUGGAUUCAUUUCCUUUAUCAUGAUUAUUUCACCAUUAAUGAGAUAUAUAAUUUUUAAAGUAUAUUUUGCUGUUCAAGAUAGACUGAAACAAAUUCUUAACUUAUUUUAAAGAACUUGAUAAAGUGAAAAGUAUCAACCGUUGUAAAAUCCUUUAAUAUAAAAACCUAAAUGUUGUAUGAAAUCAUGAUUUAAAGCAGCUAUCUAACCCUCAUUGUUUUUUUUUCUUUAAUGGUUAUUUAGUAAAAGUUAAUUUUCUGACAGAAAACUAGUUUCAAAGAGUAUUUUUUCUUGUGUGUGUGUGUGUGUGGCUUAUUUCCAUUUGUACUUUUUCAUGUACUUUUCUUUGCAAAGAUUCACUUUAUAUUUUUAUGGUUCUUAAGUGGACUAUUUCUUUCUUGAACUUUGUUCAAGCUGUGAUUUAUUUAUUUUUUUCUCUCCAGAAUAAAAAACGAUAUAACUAUUUA